GUUUUUGUCACCAGUGACAACCUUAAGAACUGUAUAAAAACUUUAUUUUCCUAAUUAUCAGGGUCCAAAGGAGUGUUCAAUGAUUGAAAGCAACUGAUACCCACUUGGUACUUCUGAGGUUCCCAUAAUUUCAAGGGUUUUUGAAAAAUUUUCACUCUGCUUUUUGACUUCUUGAUCCUUUUCCAUGAAACCCGUUUCUUAAUCUUCAUCAUUCUUCUUGUUUUGGGUCCUUUACAGCUUCCUUGAUCUUGGGUCUAUCUAGCUUUCUUCAUUUUUCUUCCUAAUUUUAUAUAAAGUGAGUUCUUUUACAAACUAAUCAGAGACAUCCCAGUUUUAGACAUCUUCUAUUGUUGGCUUAAGGUAUUGAAAAAUCCAAGCUGUUUCUCUCUGUGUGGAUUAUGUACUCCGUACUUUCUUACCCAUUUAUGGGGUUUUCUUGAAUAGAAGGCAACGUUUUCAUUCCCUUUAUGAUCACCUCUAAUUCUCUCUGGCUAUUAUUGUCUUGGGAACAAAGUGUUUUUAUACCACAUUGGUUUUUCCUCAAACGGGUUUGCUGCGUUAACUUAGAUUGAUUUUAGUAGGGGAAUGUUGAAUAUGAUUUCCACUGAGACAGAGCAGAUCCCAUUACCUUCAGAAAAUGCUGAAGGGUCUCUGAAAUCAUGUUCAAUGGGAUCUAGCACUGAUUCCUUCACUGGGUUGCCCCCAGUUUCUGAAUUGGCUGAUUCACCACCGCUUCCAACCAUUUUUACUGAUGUUAAUGUUGUUCCUGAGCAAGAAAAGAGCCAGCUUGAGCAGCUGAUAUCGAAUUUAGAAGGUGAAAUUACACAAUUGAGGUCAAAGCAGAGGUCGUUGGAUGAGAAAAGAAGAGAAGCAUUGAAUAAGAUAUUAGACAUAAAAGGUUGUAUUAGGGUUUUUUGUCGAGUUAGACCCUUCUUACAGAAGGAUAGGAGGAGAAUGCAGGAGCCAAUUUCGACAGAAUUGGACAGAAUUGUGGUUAGAUCAGCUGGAAUUAGGAAAGAGUUUGGAUUUGACAAGGUGUUUCAUCAAGCAGCUAAUCAAGAAGAUGUUUUUGUUGAGGUUGGACCGACUAUCAGAUCUGCACUUGAUGGGCACAAUGUAUGUAUUUUUGCUUAUGGUCAAACUGGCACCGGAAAGACAUUUACCAUGGACGGUAAAAAUGACCAGCCUGGAGUUGUUCCUCGAGCUCUAGAGGAGCUUUUUCAUCAAACUUCUUUGGAUAAUUCAUCUUCAAUCACUUUCUCAAUGAGCAUGUUGGAAGUUUACAUGGGCAAUCUAAAAGAUCUACUAGCUGCAAAGCCAGUUAGAGUAAAUGAAGCUGUAGCUAGAUGUAAUCUCAACAUUCAAACAGAUCCAAAGGGAUUGGUGGAAAUUGAGGGUCUGACAGAAGUGCAAAUACCUGAUUUUGCAAAAGCCAGAUGGUGGUACAACAAAGGCAGAAGGGUCAGGUCAACUUCAUCUACUAAUGUGAAUGAGGCAUCUAGCAGGUCACACUGCUUAAUGAGAAUCACCAUUUCUCGACGUGGGGAUGCUUCGGACGCUAGAGCUAAAGUAAGUAAACUUUGGAUGGCUGAUCUUGGAGGAAGUGAGAGAUUAUUAAAAAGUGGAGCAACUGGACAAACACUUGAUGAGGGAAGGGCCAUAAAUCUCUCGCUUUCUGCUUUAGGUGAUGUUAUUGCAGCUUUAAGAAGGAAGAAAGGGCAUGUGCCUUACAGGAAUUGCAAGUUAACACAAAUUCUCAAAGAUUCCCUGGGUGAUGGUUCCAAGGUUUUGAUGCUUGUGCACGUAAGCCCUGGUGAAGAAGAUGUUGGGGAGACAAUCUGUUCUUUGACCUUUGCAAAGAGGGCCAGAGCUGUGGAAUCUACCAGAGAACUAGCAGAGGACUUGAAGAAGCAGAAGGAAAAAAGGAUUGCGGAGCUUGAAGAAAACAUGAAAGGAACGGAAGAAGAAUGCCAGAAGAUUAGGAAUCAAAUCCAAAGGGCUUGUUUCCUAUUAAGUGAAAACAAAAAACUUUAUGCAACUACUUAUGGCCUUCCUGAGGAGGAGGAAAACAAUCCCAAAAGCCCUGAAAAAGAAGGCCAAAAGGAAGCCACAGGAACCCCUCGGGUAUCAGAGAAACCAACAAAACGAACAGUUUCUAAUUCUUUCCCCCGAUUCAUGACAUCCACUGAAGCUAGUCGACAAAGAAAUAUUGCUGUAGAAAGGGAUAUCAUUGGCAGGACAAGAAGCUUUAGAUCAGUGUGUAGAAAUUCUGUACAGUUCUCUUAUUCCCAGUCCCUUAACUUCUCUGAUCCUCAUUUUAGAGCACUCGUACAAGGCUCAAACAAAAAAACUGGCAAUGGAGAGACAAAUGCUUCUGGGACAAUCUCUCCAAAAUGCAAUGGCUUAGAUAUUAAGAGGACCUCACUGCCUCAAAGCAAGAUGAUCCAUUCUUCCAAUCCUAACUUAAGAGUUACACUUAACCGUCACAGGAGGAGGAUGUCUGAUCUAAUCUAACAAGAAAAAAGAUAUAUUUUGUAACCUUUUGUGUAUGUAAAAUGUGUGGGAUGUAAUCUUGUUUUCACUGAAUUUUCUUUUUCUCAGUAUUUUUCUUGUUUUGAUCUUCAGGCUGUCCGGGGAUCUGUUAACUUAUAUUUGUUGUUUACAAGAUCCCAUUAUCAUAUGGUUGGUCUAGGGUUUGAUGUGUUCAUUAACUUGAACAUUGACAUUGUAACUCACUUGAUGUUUAUUAUAUAUGAAAGGUCUGAAUUACAAGUUUGA